AUUUUUAUAUAUUUUGUCAUCUCCAGACAUUGUUGCUUUGAAUCCGGUGGCGUUGUAUAACUCUCUCAGUUUGAUUCUAUGACCCUACUUGUUGCGGAAAAAAAAGAGCUUCAAUUAGCUUUUUAUAUCAUAGCGAGAGUCUUUCCCGUUGUUGGGCUAAGUUGUUGAGGUUUUACUGGCAUUUCAACUGAUGUCCGGAGGGUAAUGUUGUUUCUAUUCCACAGAGCCGUCUCUGCACUGCAGUCAGCAUUACUCGCACAUUUGGCGUAGGAAGGUCACGUUACAAAGCGGGUCUGCACUAUCUGCUGCUGGAGAGAGGAGGACUGCGCAAAAACCACGGCCCGGAUUUGUGCCUGACUGACGUCAUGUGGAGCCACAGACCUCUUUGACAGGAUCCAGCAACGAGAAGCACCGGGGAUAUAUGAUCAACAUCCAGCGGGCCGGGAGAUGUCGACGCAGUUUUGUGCCACACACUCGCCCGUAAAGUAAAGCCAGGCACGGAGAUUUCGCUUAGCUCGAUUGUGCGAUUGCGGCGCACCAUGAGAGCGCUUAUCCGUUAUUAACGGGACCUCAACGGCUGUUUUCUGCCUCAAAACGAGCCGCACUGUCGGCCAGGGAGAGAUAAGCAGCCAGAGAACAACUACUAAUCCCCUGGACGGUCACAUUUACGGCUUGGACACGACAGAAAUGGACAGGGCAGCACGAACUGGAUUCAAUGAUAGGAAAUAAAGGAGACGCCGCGAACAAAGCGAACCUGAAGUGUUAUGCCCGUUAACCCGUCUAGUCUUUAUUUGACUGGAAAUGGGAGCUUUAACAAGCAGACAAAACAUAGGCGUGGAAGAAGUGGACAUUCCGUCCAGUUCGGUGUACCGUUAUCCGCCGAAAUCUGGGAGUUACUUCGCCAGCCAUUUCAUCAUGGGGGGAGAGAAGUUUGACUCCACCCAUCCAGAGGGUUACCUGUUUGGGGAAAACACAGACCUUAACUUCCUGGGGACCAGACCUGUGGCGUUCCCGUACGCUGCCCCUCCACCUCAGGAACCAGUAAAGACGUUACGAAGCCUUAUAAACAUCCGUAAGGACACGCUGCGGCUCGUACGGUGCAGCGAGGACCUGAAGCUGCCGGGUGACGAGGCGGCAGGAAAGAACAGGGCCUGCUACAACAUAGAGUUCACCUUCGAUGCAGACACACAGGUGGCCAUAACCAUCUACUACCAGGCCAUAGAGGAAUUUCACAAUGGAGUGCCAGUUUACCUGCCCCAGGACAGCUCGCUGCAGUCUGAGACAGUGCACUUCAAGAGGGGAGUGUGCCAGCAGUUCUGUCUGCCCUCACACACCGUCAACCUCAGCGAGUGGGCUGACGAGGAGCUGCUGUUUGAUAUGGACAAAGAGAUUUUCCCCAUGGUGGUGCAGGCUGUUGUAGACGAGGGGGAAGAACACAUGGGCCACUCUCACAUACUGCUGGCUACAUUUGAAAAGCACAUGGACGGGAGCUACUGUGUGAAGCCUCUGAAGCAGAAACAAGUGGUGGAUGGAGUGAGUUAUCUACUGCAGGAGAUCUAUGGGAUAGAGAACAAAUACAACAGCCAAGAAUCAAAGGUUGCUGAUGAUGAGAUCAGUGACAACAGUGCUGAGUGUGUGGUGUGUUUGUCGGAUGUGCGAGACACACUCAUCCUGCCGUGCAGGCACCUGUGUCUCUGCAAUGCCUGCGCAGACACUCUGCGCUACCAGGCCAACUGCUGCCCCAUCUGCAGACUGCCAUUCAGAGCUCUGCUGCAGAUCCGAGCCAUGAGGAAGAAGCUCAGUCCUCUGUCACCUACCAGCUUUAACCCUGUCAUCACUUCACAGACCUCUGACUCAGAGGAACACUCGGCGACGGAGCACAUCCCUCCAGGCUACGAGGUGGUGUCUCUCCUGGAGGCGCUGAACGGUCCCCUCAACACCUCCUCGGUGGCCCCUCCUCCUCUCCACUCUGGUCCCAGCCACGUCUCCGGAGUGCUGCCCCCGUACAGCAGCGAGCCUCACCCGGCACCGGCCCGCUCCCUCUCCCCUCUAGACCACUCCAACUCCAGUCAGGGACUCAAACUCAAGAAGAGUGGUUCGAAGUCACUUUCCCAGAAUUCCUCUGUGCUUCCUGAGGAGGAGGAUGAGAAAUCUUGCAGUGAAUCGGAGGCCUGUCGCCACAAACUCGCUGUGGACCAACAGGAGAGCGGAGUGACUCCAGACAGCGAGAACUUGACUCUCUCCUCGUCUGGAGCCAUCGACCAGUCAUCCUGCACCGGGACCCCGCUCUCCUCAACGAUCACCUCCCCUGAAGACCCAGUGAGCAGCAGCCUGGUCCAGUCAGUGAUGUCCAUGGCUUCGUCCCACUCGCAGCACUCCCACAUCAGCACUGACACCAUGUCCUCCAUGUCAGGGUCCUACCUGGCCGGGGCCGAAGGUGAGGCCGGGGGGGAUGAUGGGGGAGACGUGGAGGGCGAGGAUAACCAGGACGCCCCCAUGGAGAGCCGAGCACCGUCGCAGCAAGACGGGGAGUUUUCUCAGGAGCCAAAGGAACAAAACUACUCAGUGGCUGUAGAGGAGCAGGACUCAGAGGGAAACGAUGUCACUGAAGAAGACUGCUCCUCCCCGUCUAAUGGGAAAGGUGGGCGGAGCAGGUGUCCAGAGUUGGCCAAUAACAAUCAGGGCGUCGCCCUCUGUGACACGCCCUCUUUGGGGUUGGAUAAUGAGCAGGCUCCCGACAGCCGAUUCGCCGGUCUGAUGUACCUCGGGGGCUACAGGCCUGUUUUGGAGCCCCUCCCCCACCACACCUCCACUAGCAAUAUCAACCUGGAGGAGCAGGGGGCAGAGAACAGGGACGGCCAGAGUCCUAAACAUCCCCACCGCGGACCACUCAUUGUGUAACACACUCAAACAAAGGCACACACACAAAAACACACAGACUUCUCCGUCCAGUCAGCUCUUCUUACCCAGCCAUAGUGCUGCAUCGCUGCAUACUAUCCUCACUGAACAGGAACGCGCCCCCCAUCUUUCUGAACAUUUUCUGGAUUUAUUGUCGUUGCUGGCGCUGAAACUCUUCUUGAGUGGAAAGAGGAAGGAAGAGGAACAAAACGUCAUCACCUGUCUGUCGUCUGUGCACUUUUAUCUCACAGGAGUUUCUUUGGGGUUUUUUUUGUCUGUGAUCUAACUUGUGGUGGGAAUGAUUAGCCUACUGCUACAUUAUUAUUUAUUACCUGUAUGUCUAACCGAUGAGAGCUGUGUAUGGUGACACUAUCUCUAGAAAAAUACAUGCUGCUCCUCUCCUCUUUCUUUCCUCUCCUCUAUUACCAGCCAAACAGUCAGGGGCUACUGUGAUCGGCAAUCGGAUUUAUUACUAAUGUACUUCUUCUUCUCUGUUAUAAACUGUAUGUUAAAUGAGUGGUCGGACACUAUAUAAAAGUCAGCUCACACCGGACUACCUUACCUUAGCGAACUAAAAUGUGCUGACUCCUCUCCUCAGAUCAGGGAGCUCCCGUCUCGACUUCGCAUGCAUCUUUCAAUUUCUUCUGAUGUUUUUCCUCUCAUUCCUGCCAUGGUUUUCAAACACCUCUGCUGAAUGUGAAUACAGAAGCAGUCGGACUUGUAAGCUGGCGGACGAGCCAAGAAAUGGCGGCUAAAAUAAACAGAAAGGGACUGGGGAAAAAGACACGUUACACAGAAUGUAGGACGAUGAACGUGAAUCUCUUAGAAGGGGAAUGUACAUGACAUUUAAAUCGUCACCUAAACUGGAUUUAAACAUUAACUUUGAACCCUAAACACACACACACACACACAGCCACCACGCCAUCCUCUCCUUCUGCAGCUCCAUCUUAGCAUGUCAGUAUUACCGUAGUGCAACUGGAAAACAGCAAGUACCACCAAGCAAUAAAGAUGCCGAGGCUGCAUCUCUUCUUUUUCUCCUGCAGGAGGACGCUCAUUUGCAGUUCAAACAAAAACUGUUUGCACUGGCCUGUUACAUUCAAAUUCAGACAUUUCAUUGUGUUUAAUUGUUAUUUUUAUGUUGCCAUUUUAAAGGGAUUUAUCGUGAGAAAAAACAUAGAGGGAAUUUGACAACCUAAACGUGACAUUUAGGCCACACUGUGGUUAGCUGGCAUUUUAUUGAUCUUCAUAUUCCCCAUUAUUAUCAUACCGACAAGCUCUAUUCUCCUCAUUCGUGAAACUUUCAGUUGUUUUGGUUUUGUAUAACUUUAAUGUAUAGCUCACCUGUUGAUGUUCUCCGUUUCUGUGUUUUAAUUUGUUGCAAAACACUGUGUCGUUUAUUAGAAUGUGGAUGAAAAUAUGUGAACAAUUUCUAAAGGUUUACACACUUGCGCACACAUGCGUGCUCGCAUAACGAUUAACUGAAAAGGGACGAAAUCAACAUUUAAUGCACUAUUAGCUGUUUCCUAGACGACACACUUUGUGGUGCAUGAGGCGAUAGUAGAGUAAGCAUGUUAGUCUAGGUCAGCCUGCGCCCUCCUGUAGAAUACUUGAUGAUGGAUCACUGCACACACAUACAGCCGUACCAUAUCCUUCUGCAGUGUUAUAUAUCAGUUGCUGGUUCCUUAUUCCCUUGGCCCGAACUGUUAAGGUCAAGAGUACUGCACUACUAUAUCCAAGCUGCAAACAGUCAUGUGAUCACAGUCCGAAUGUAUAGAUGAAGCCGCUGUCUGACACCAGUCGCAGUAUGAUAUCAAAGGAAUGGGUCCCGACCCCACUUUUCUAGAAUUAUGAGUGAAAAUGUCAAAGAAAACAUCAAACGGACAAUAAAGUUUUUGCAUCUAAACGGUCACUGAGUGAUUUGCUGUUGAUUUAAAUGGGAAAGAUUCAAUAUUCAGCGCCGGGUUAUGUUUUGGUUCAUGAAAAUGAAAUGCUGCUCUGAGAUGUUUCCUAACAUGGUCACCUUCACUGAUACCCUCCUCGCUGCUUUAUACAAACAUUUUUCAGACUCUGGUUUUCAGCAUUUCCCCUUCACAGAGCUUGUAGAAAUUUCUGAAAUAAAGUGAAUUCAAUGAGAA